AUGUCACCAUCCAUCCCACUCACUUUAGGAUGUUCAGUAGGACUCGAAUCUUCUACGAUCGAAAAGCUUAAAUCCAACUUUCAAAAGGUUAUAUAUCAUCCUAAAUCAUCCAACGAGAGAUUUACCUCUGACGAGUUAAACGAGAUUGAUAUCUUUUUUACUCCAGGAAGUGGUUUACCACAAGAUAUAACUUCUUUAGAUCAAUUACCUAAAUUGAAACACGUACAAUUAGCCUCUGCAGGAUCAGAUUCUAUGCAAAAGACAAAGCCUAUCAAAUCUUAUAUGGACAGUUUGGACCAGGAUAAAGAUGAGAAGAAGGAUAAGAUUAGUUUAUCAACUGCCAGUGGUACACACGUGUUGAGUAUCCCUCCUUACGCGGUAGGAAUGACAAUUGCUUUAUUACAUCAAUGGCCAAGAUUGAUCAUUGCUGGUCAUGAGAAGAAAAAGUGGUUAUCAGAAACAGAAUGUGAUGUCAAGGGCGAAACUUAUGUUGCUAAGUCAACUUACGGCCGCACAGCUGGUUUAUUGGGUUACGGCGCUUUAGGCAGAGAAACAGCAAGAUUACUCAAAGCUCACGGAAUGAAGAUUAUAGCUGCCAAUACUUCUGGUAAAGCUACUCCUCAAGAUGGCUAUAUCAUUCCUGGGACUGGUGAUAAAGAUGGAUCUAUCCCUGAAGAAUACUAUUCGACUAAAGAUCCCAAAGCUUUUGAGUCAUUCCUUGGUAAAUCAGACGUUUUAAUCUGUAGUUUACCUGGUACUCCUGCUACUCAAGGUUUCUUGAGCAAGGAGAAGUUAGAGAAAUUACCCGAAGGCGCUGUAUUGGUCAAUGUAGGAAGAGGAAGUUUGAUCCCCUCAGAUGACUUGCUCGCCGUAUUGGAAACAUCUAAAAUCUUUGGUGCUGCAUUGGACGUGACUGAUCCUGAACCUCUCACAUCUGAUCAUCCAUUAUGGUCACAUCCAAAAGUAGUUGUCACACCUCACAUAUCCGGAAAUUCAGAAAAUGAGAUGGAUAUCGCUGCUGAUAUCUUAUUGACCAACGCUAAGAGAGUUCUGGACAAGAAGGGUGUUAUCAACGAAGUUCACUUUGGUAGAGGAUAUUAG